CGUCAAGUUCGUCAAAACUUUGAUUUUCCAAUUUUCAUUAUUGAUAACGCGAAAUAAUGUUAUUUUGUCUUCACGGAGAAUAAAUUGUGAUACGAUUGGAUUCUACAUAGAGUUUAUAUAACUGAAUAACAAUGGAGGACGUUUUGGACGAGAUAGUAUCUUCGGAAGAUUUGCAAAAGUUCGAGAAAGUGUUCCACGAGCAGCUGCACCAGGGCAACGUGACCCACAAGGCACAGUUCGAGUACGCUUGGUGCCUAGUACGGAGCAAAUAUCCCACCGACAUACGAAAGGGUAUAUUGCUCCUAAAGGAGUUGUUCAAUUCACACCCUGAUGGCAAAAGGGAUUACCUGUUCUACCUUGCUAUUGGCAAUGCAAGAAUCAAGGAGUACAACAAAGCUCUCCACUAUGUCAAGUCCUUCCUAGAGAUUGAGCCCGCCAACCAGCAAGUGUUGGCUUUAGAGCGUCAAAUCAACAAGCGAAUGGAGAAAGAAGGUCUGAUCGGUAUCGCAGUGGCGAGCGGCGCCGUGCUGGCCAUCGGGGGCAUCGUCGGCCUCGGCAUAGCACUGGCCAGCAAGAAAUAGCAUUUGGCCAUUUUAAUGAGCGCUCUGUUUGGCGCUCAUUACCUCUUUAAGAAGAAGCAACUCAAAGAGGAUUAGACGAACGAGGUUUUAAUGACAUUCUUAAAAAAAAACUCACGAGGCUUA